AAAGCCAUGACCUCUCAUACUUUUUUUCUCCACCUCAUGGCUCAACAGCCUUCUCUCACAUCUCAUUCCUAUAAUUCCUCAUUGAAAGCUUCAUGCCAAUCCCUCAAGAUCAAAACUCAUGUAGAAGCCUUCAUUCUUCGGCACUUGUGCCGCCUCGUUCGAGCUCUAUCGAACACUAAAUCCUUCAUCAUCAAGCUCUUGACCCUGACGACUGCGAUCACUAGCAAGAAAACAAGCAGCUCUGCCACGAAGAUGCAUGGGAAGAAGAAGAAGAAGAUGAUGAAGAGGGUACUGAAAUCAAUCACUAUGUGGUGCAAUAUGCCGUCAACACAUGUAAUUCCGAUUUCCGAGCCCGCAAUAAGCUUUCAGGGUCUUAAAACAAUAAGCCAAACUUUCUACGACUCAACAUGGAACUCGAUUGUUGUCGUCAGUGAUGAUGAUGCUAGCUUGGAGCGGCAGCUCUCAGGCUACCUCGAAUGGCUUGAAGAAAACGAGCCAGGAAACGAUGGCGGCGGCAAUGACGACGUCGAUGAUGCAGGUGAAAUAGAUCAGCUUGCUGAGAAGUUCAUUGCAAGCUGCCAUGAGAAGUUUAGGCUGGAGAAGCAAGAGUCUUAUAGGAGAUAUCAAGAAAUGCUUGCUAGAAGCAUG